UGAUGGAUGCUGAGCAGACAAUGGCCUGGAUUCACGGACCACUUUAAUAGGAUAGGUACGCAUUAGUGUUAAGACGCUCGCAGCAUCCAGGUUGGCCAAACCCAGUGUGCCAAAUCCACUGUGUGGCACACUGGAUGGUACAUAGUUGUCGGUGGAGAUAACUGGACAUUUUACUGGACUUUUUGGGGAGGCAAAUAAGAAACCCUUGUGACUUUGUUGCUCUCCUUCCCCUGUUCCCGCGCUAAGACUCGGAUUCCCUCGCUGCAACCAUGGUGGUCAUGAAGAUGAAGUUCCCCUUUGAGAAAAGGGUGAAGCUAGCCCAAGGACUGUGGCUGCUCUCCUGGUGUGCCACAGUUGCUGGUGCUAUCACCUUCAGCCUGGGCUGCAUCCUCAAGACAGAGCUCCGCAGGAGGGCAGAGGUAAUGGAUAACUCAGAUAUACAUCUUGUGCCCAACACCCUCGUGAUUGUUGGUCUGGCGUCCUUGGGCAUCAACUACUUUGCCACGAGGGUCUGCCAGGAUGCUCUGGAUGCAGGGCGGUUUCCUCGCUGGAAGACCAUGCUGAAGCCCUAUUUCGCUGUUUCUUGCUUCUUCACUGUCCUCAUGCUGCUAGCCGUCAUCAUGAGCUAUGCCAUGAAGGGCAGCCUGGAGUCAUCCCUUAAGGUUGGCCUGAAGAAUGGCGUCCGCUUCUACAAGGACACAGACACCCCGGGACGCUGCUUCCUAAAACAGAACAUUGACCGGCUGCAGAUGGAGUUUCAGUGCUGUGGAAACACUGAUUUCAGGGACUGGUUUGAGGUCCAGUGGAUCAGCAACCGCUACCUUGAUUUCAGCUCCAAGGAAGUGAAAGACCGCGUCAAGAGCAACGUGGAUGGGCGAUACUUGUUAGAUGGAGUCCCGUUCAGUUGCUGCAACCCCAGCUCUCCACGGCCAUGCCUCCAGUACCAGCUAACCAACAACUCGGCUCACUAUAACUAUGACUACCAAACCGAGGAGCUCAAUAUCUACCUCCGAGGCUGCAGGGAGGCUCUGGUCAACUACUACAUGGGCCUGAUGAACACCAUCGGGGCUGGAGUAAUGUCAGUCUUCCUCUUACAGGGCUCUGUGCUGGUGAGCCUGCGGUUACUACAGACUGCCAUGGAGGCAGUGGCCGGUAAUGAGAAUACAGAGAUUGAGACAGAAGGGUACUUGUUGGAGAAAUCGGUGAAAGAAACCGUCAUGGAGUACAUCGAACCAGUGAUGAAGUUCUUCCUGCUCACAAACCAGGUGGAGGAGGGCAAUCCUGAAAACCCAGCUUCCGCUUAAAUUUCAAAUGAUGGACACAGAUGUAAAUAAUUUUUACACAGAGAUAAUUCAUUAUUUUAAUUUAAAAAGCAAAAUAUUAAUGACAAAUAUCAGCAAUUUCAAAGAUCUAAUGAUAGUAUUUUUUAUUGUCCAAUCACCAUCACAGGUGAAGGUGAAUUUUUUCCUAUAUUACUGUUCUUUCCUGUUCACAUUCCAUAUGAGGAAUUGAUAACCCGCAGGACUUAUUGUAAGCCUAUCGUUUUUCAGUUAAUUGUCAAUAAGAUCUUCAUUCAAAAUAAAUUACUUCCCAGUUUUAUUUUUAUGUAAUAUAAGGUGAGUAGACAUGAGGCACUAUGCUCUGCUGCACAACAAGACUAAUGGACAUAAUAUAACAAUGUAUUAUUAAAGUUUGAUGUUAUUGAAUACCUUAUGGAGUGGAUUCACUUACUUCUUUUUUCUAAAAGCAUGCAUACGUUCUUAAAAUGUCAGAUGUCACCAUCAAUAAUAGGUUCUCCACUUUUAAAGUGUGUCCCUGCCUGUCUUCUCCCUGUCAGUAAUAGAUGGGAUUGUGAAGAUUGAUAUAACCAUGUCAGUAAUGCCGUGAAAGCCGUCAAGUGUGUCCUCUACUCUGAGACCUUUGUUUAAGCUUAUAAUCUCAUUUGUUAAUGCUCAACCUGCUGUCCAUGCAGUUACACACCUGCAUCAGAUAUGUUGUCUGCAUAUGUAAUGUAAUGAGUUUUUUAACUUUUAAAUUUAUACCCAACAGAAAAAAAUGGAAUUUGAUUUCCCUAGCGAUGUCACUGGGCAGCUUAAUAUGAUAUAAAAGAUAAUUAUUCUAAUUUCAAUCCAAGUUUCUCAUUUCAAUCCAAGUGAAUAGUGUUAUUUUAGGUCCUUUCAAAAACAUGAGUAUCUUGAGUAAUUUUCUCGGGAUAUGUAGACCUCCUGACUCAAAACAAGUCAGCAAUCACCAGCAUUGAUCUCACAUGCUUCCCAUGCACUCUUAUGGCAGAAGAUCCAAUCUGUUUUAGUAUCUUAAUAAUAUCUAUGUUACCUGGUUUUUAAUUGUACUGAUUCAGCCCACCCCAAGCUGUCCAUUAUUAUUAUUGUCAUCAGUUAUUAUUAUCAGUUAUAAACCUGCCAAUAGCUUGAUGAAAUACAAUAACUCUGAUGUUACAACGCCAGACCUGUUGUAGGUCAGAGCCAUGAAAUAAAUGUCCUUUGUCAA